AGCGCUAUUAUAAAUAUUUUGUUUGAUUGACGCUCGGUCAAUUUCACUUCACUUGCAAAUUGUACAAAAAUUGAAAAAAAAUAAUUUUUAACAUUAAUUUCACCUACAACCUAUCUGUUACGGUGCUUUUUACGUUUUAAUUCUAAUUCUUCAGUAUUCGUUUUGAAUGCGAAAUAACAUUAAUUUUAAAUAAAUAUUGCACGCACAUUUUAAUAGUUUUUACGAGAUUUUGCAUUUAAUUACGUAAUAAACUAUUGUUUAUCGAAGUUUGCAUUUACCAAAAGUUAUUCUCCGCCUUAUAGUUUGUUCCAAAUUCGUAAACCACUAUAUUUUUUGUCUUGUAUAAAGUGAAAGAAAUUUUUAGAAAUGAAUGUAAAUAGUGUUUUAUCUCCUCGUAUGAUGGUCGGAGCGGCUAUCGUGGGCAUUGUAGGUGCCGCUGGAGUCUUCAUAUACGAGCAGAUCUACGCUGAAAAGAGAAGAUCUAUGUUAGUUAGAGAGGUGGCGCGACUCGACAAGCAAGUGGCUUCAAUCAGAUCCGAGUUGGAGUCACUCAGGGAACUACAAAAAGAAACUCAGCUGCGUCGCAUGAAACAGAAGAAAAGCGAGAAGGCUCGUCGCGAGCGCGUCGCUGCCAAGGCCGCCCCCAGCGGAGACAACGUCGACAACACCGACGUGCCCGAACAGAGCUACGCGUCGGACUCGGAGUACUUCACGGACUAUCAGUCGGUGCUAGGUACAGAUGGCGAGAUGGAUAGCGAGGAGUUCUACGACGUCCACACAGAUGACGACGAGGACGACACUCUUCAAGAGACGCUGCACAACGGACAUGUUAGCAGUGUUAACGAGGAAUCUCAGGACAAAGAGAAUGUACCAAAGACAACGGAGAAAGCGAGUACGUAGCUGAUCCGCGUUUAGAGAAGUGAUCGCCGCAUAUACCCUGGUAUAUCUUAACCACCGUAGUAUAUUAUGUAGUUAGGUAUGAAGGCUCGAGGCUCAAUAUUAAUGAAUGUAGCCAAUAUCUUAUAUGUCUGCCAUCUCGAAUUCUCUAUGGUUAUGGUUUGGUAUAAGGAAUAUUUAAAUUUAAAUAUACUGUAGGAAUAAAUUUAUAAGGCAGUUCAUAAAUUCAUUUAUUAAAUAAACUGUUAAUGAACAUUUUUAAUUUUAGGUUUGGACAAAAUCACUUUUGAUUUAAUUAAUAUAGCAUUGGCGAAAUGAAUUCUCAAUUAAAUAGUUAGCAAGAGGCAAAUAAUUAUGUCUUGAUAUUUAUUAGUAACAUUUUAUAUUAUUUUAAUGAUAAAAUAAAAGUACUUAAUUACAUGUUGCGUAAUAGUGUUCCUCGAUUUUAUGGCUAAAAAGUAUCUCGAAUAUUAACGUCAACAAUAUAUACCGCUGCCUUAGAGGCAAAAAAAACUUGUUUGAACGCCCUGGGAUCGACUUCUAGUUAUGCUAAAUAUCUCUCAAUAUUCGGAUGGCAGACCCAAUAUGAAUUAGAAAAUUCUUUGUUAAUUUUCUGUAUAAAUAUAGCUUUAAAAUUCUCUAUGAUCAUGGUGUUGACUGGUUUCCAGCCGUUACUUCACUUGUUUCAAAGUACAUAAGGGCGCGUAUCCAUCAGGUAUGCGGGUGGUCUAAACGGUGUCUUAGUAAAAUUCAACCAAUAGUAUUACUUCAUUUUCCCGCCAACUCUUAGUGCAAUUCUAGUGGAAAAGGGCGAACGGAAGAUGUCACACCGUUUGUAUCUCUACAUAUUGUCACACAGCUUUGGUGGAAAUGCACCCUAAUAGUUGAAAAGUCAAUGAGUAGUUCUCAUUUUGAAAUAAAUUUUUUUUCUUACCUGGAUUAAGUUCUGAUUACUGUCCAAAUAAAAAUCUUAAGUACAUAAUAAUUUGAUAAGCUGUAAAAAACAAAUGUUAAAAAAAUCAUAACAUGUUUUUUUCUAUCUUAACAGGCUAAAAAGGAGUUAAGUUAUUACUAAAAAUCAAUAAUGAAUUUAAACAUCAUGUCUGACUUAUCAUUGUUUAUCCAAAAAAUAUUACAAUUUGUAUUUUAAAAUCUGACAUUAAUGUUAAUUUAUUAAAUUGAAUAAUGUUUUAUUCUUUCUCAUGUAAUUAUAAAAUAUUUAUGUACUUGUUAUUCGAUAGUUCCUUAAUUCGUGAAUAUUUGACAGCAAGGUCAGGUCAGGUCAAGGUGAUAUCCAUUAUUAUACAAAAUAAAUAAAAAAAAAAAAAUUCGUGACACAACAAAUAUUCUUUCAUAAAACAUUUAUGAUUUGAUAAAUUAAGAAGCCUUGUUAAAAUCGGCGAUUUACUGCCAAGUACUUGUCCAUUAUUGAAGUAUUUUCGACUCACAUGUUGUAGUGUAAUGGAAAGUACUAAAUACAUAAUAAACCGUUCCUUAUAAUGUUUUAAUAAAGGGUAGAAUUAUACAGGCCAAAAAAUGCGACAAUAUUGAAUUCCAUGAAUUUUGACCAAGGGUAAGGUUGAAUUAAGAUAACUAAUUAGGGCAUGGGUCCCAACACAUAACACGAAAAGUUAGUUAUAAAUACGAAGCAUAAUAAACAAGAAAAGAAAUAAUAAAUUCAAUAUAAUAAUUUUAAUAAAAUAUUUUCUAGUGUUGCAUUUUGUAUCUGGUUCCGACAGGCCGGCAUAAUUGUGUCGACUGCCGAGGGGUAAUCAUCUCUCGUCAGUCGACAUUCUAUUGGACCCCACCCCACUUACUAUGCAGUGGGGUCUUUGCUGUACCCGAAAAAAAUAUAUAUAUAAGUACUUUGUUAGGGUUUACUUUGGUGCUAAAGUUAAUCCGUGUAAUGUAUAUACACCUUGUAAUGAAACUCUGAUACCUUAACGAGAUAAGGCAAGUCAUUCUUGCUCAAAAUACUGAUUGCAUUGACGUACUGUUAGAUCCGUAGGUGGUUUAAGGCAAUUUUUUUAUGUAAUACUUAUGAAUUCAUAUUAAUUUGGACUUUCACACAGCAUUUGUUAUGCACGCGUCAAAUAUAGACCAUUUUUGUCACCUAAGAAAAAAAACUUUUUGCAUAACAAUUCUUAUCUAAGACGGUCAGAGUUUUGUUACAGGUUUUAUUAUUUGUUUAUAACACGCUGUCUUAAAUCUGCACACAAUUGUUAAUAUUCUAAAUAUUUUUUAAUCUCUUACUUUUGUUAACAUUCCAAAUCAGGGCCGCAUUCAGAGGGUUAAUGUUAGGGUUUGACCCACACUUGUUUUUAUUAUCAUGAUGUACGAGCGGGGUAAUUGUAACAGGUUAUAGCGAAUUUCGUGUCAUAUUAUUUAAUUAUUUUUUUACGUGUUUUUUCUAUGGACUUUGUAACUUUAUGACUGGGUAGGUGUAGUAUAAAUUUCUUACAGUACAAAGUGAAUAUUGAACCCUUUGCCUAUAAUAUACAGCAGCUAAUAACUUUGUAUAAGUUAUAAAUAGUAGGCACAUCUUUUAACCCACCUAGACUUAUUAUAAUUAGUACUUGAUUGAUUUAAUUUUGGAGAUAAUCCAUUUUGGCGUGCCUUAUUUUUUUCUUUAUAUUGGUAAUGGUUAUUGUUGUUAAUAAAACUCGGAACUAAGUCAUGACAAAUCUAGAAAAUAGUUAUUUGCUAUUCAAUAUUCACUUUGUACUAAAACACUUGACUUAUAUAGAUUGUCUCAUACAAUGCAAUGUUAAUCUCUAUAGUGCUCAUAAUGUAUAUGAUAUUGUUAAUUAAAUAAUAUAAUCGAAUAUUUA